CCCAAAAAAAAGGAGAGAAAAAGAUCAAACAAACGGCAAAUUACUAGGAAAAACUGAAGCUGAGAGAGAAAGUGAAAGAAAAUUUAGACAAACACCCACUCCAGAAACAGCAGCCAAAAAUGUUUUUAUUUUAUUGUUUGUGUAAGAAAGGAGAGAGGGAUUUAGGAAGCUUCUGAUUUUUUAUUUUAUUUUUUGGUCAUUUUCUCUGUUUUUCCGUUUUCUAUAUAGGAAAUAAGACAUACACAGCCAUUUGAUCGGAUUACAGACAAGGUUGUUUGUGGUUGUUGUUCGUACGUUUAAUGGAGCGGGACCCAGAGUCCGAUCCCCAACCGGAAUGGACUGCUCCGGGAUCCGAAACGGGACUCGAAGAGCCGGUUUGGCAGUUGGUAUUAGAGGGAGGGUCGGAAUCAUACCCCAAACGACCCGACGAAGCUGAUUGUAUUUACUAUUUGAGGACUGGGUUUUGUGGCUAUGGUUCUAAUUGUCGGUUCAAUCAUCCACGUGAACGUGCUGGGGUUAUGGGAGCUGGAAGAGGAGGCGGUGUCGGAGAGUAUCCAGAGAGAGCAGGCCAGCCAGUUUGUCAGUAUUUUAUGAGGACGGGAGCAUGCAAAUUCGGUGCUUCCUGUAAAUACCAUCAUCCCAAGCUGGGAGGUAGCUCUGUGCCACUGAAUUGUUUCGGAUAUCCAUUACGCCCGGGUGAAAAAGAGUGUCCUUACUAUGUGAAGACUGGACAAUGUAAAUUUGGCGCAACAUGUAAAUUCCAUCAUCCUGCACCUCCAGCUAUGCAGGUUCCAGCACCAUCUCCAGCUCCACAAGGUGCACCUGCACCUACACCAGUUCCCGCUCCAACUGUGUAUUCGACAGUGCAGUCACCAUCUGGUCCUUCCUCUGAACAAUAUGGAGCAGUAAUGGCCAGGCCUCCCCUGAUGCCAGGCUCCUAUGUGCAAGGCCCCUAUGGUCCUUUGCUACUUUCCCCAGGUGUUCCAAGUUGGAAUCCGUAUCUGGCACCUGUCAAUCCUGGUACUCAACCCACUGCUAGAUCAAGCUCAACUUUUGGGCCAACACCAUUAUCUCCUUCAGCACUUGCCUAUACUGGAUCUUAUCAAUUUGUACCAUCCGGUCUUCGGCCUUCAAGUAGUAUUCAGGAGGAUGAGUCCUUUCCAGAGAGACCUGGGCAGGAGGAUGAGUCCUUUCCAGAGAGACCUGGACAACCAGAAUGUCAGUAUUAUAUGAAGACUGGUCGAUGCAAAUAUGGAUCCUCCUGUAGAUAUCAUCAUCCACCAGAAGUGUUUGCACCAAAAGCUGAUGUCAUCCUCAGCCCUCUCGGUCUUCCACUUCGUCCCGGUGCACCACCUUGCACUCACUACUCGCAACGUGGGGUGUGCAAGUUCGGAGCGGCUUGCAGGUUCGACCAUCCUAUGGGAAUGUUAAGUUACAGUCCAUCUGCGUCUUCUCUUGCUGAUAUGCCCGUGGCCCCCUAUCCUGUUGGAUCCGCAAUAGGCACUCUAGCUCCUUCAUCCUCAUCUUCGAAUUUACGACCCGAAGUUCUUUCAGGGUCUAGCAAGGACUCUGCUCCAGCCAUAAUGUCAUCAUCGGCGAGCACUUUAAGUGAAUCGGUUGGUCAGGUUUACUCCAAAGGUGUACAUGUUCCUCAUUCAAGCACACAACAGUCCAGUUGGAGUUCUGCCCCUUCUACUGGCGUUGGCAGCGAUGAAGACAGUGAGCCACACGCUUCAAGCUAAGAGAAAGGAGCAACCACCUCAAUCCUGGUUUUUUUUUCGAGGUCAUG